AUGGGAGACGCUCUUCCUUAUACCUGCAAUGCGUGCCUGGUGGCAUUUCGCACCAGCGAUGCUCAGAGAGAGCACAUGCGCAGAGACUGGCAUCUGUACAAUGUCAAGCGACGCGUCGCCUCUCUACCCCCCGUGCCCCAAGAAGUCUUCACAGAGAAGGUCUUGACAGCCCGAGCAACCACUACCGCCGCCGCAGCGAAAGCAUCAUUCGAAAAGACAUGUGGCGCUUGCCAAAAGUCGUUUUAUAGCGAAAACUCGUACCAGAACCAUUUACAGAGCUCGAAACACAAGCUUCGCGAGAAGACUUUGAAGAAGAAGGGUCUUGCCGAUGAUACUUCCUCCGUUAUGGGUUCGACAUUCUCGCUCGGUGAUCCUAUCAACAAGUCCGUGGCAGGCGAUAACGAAUCUACAGUCUCCAAUGUCACAGAGAAAUUGAAGAAUACUGCUAUUCAAGAGGCAGAUAAUGAGGACGAAGAUAUGGGAGAAGACGGAGAAGACAAAGUUGAAGAAUAUUCCUCUACGAAAUGUCUAUUCUGCCUCGAAGACGCUACCGAUGUCCAAGCGAAUGUUGAUCACAUGUUCAAAGUUCAUGGCAUGUUCGUUCCGGAGAAAGAUUAUCUGGCAGACAUUGACGGGCUUAUAAGCUAUUUGCAUGCGAAGGUUAAUGAGAACCAUGAAUGUCUCCUCUGUCACGCUAUCAGGACCACUGCCGCCGGUAUCCGCACUCAUAUGCGCGAUAAGAGUCACUGCAUGAUCGCCUUCGAGACUGAAGAAGAGCAAGUCGAAAUCGGCCAGUUCUACGAUUUUAGAAGCACAUACUCCGAUGAUGAGGAUGAGGAUGAGGAUAUGACAGAUGACGCAGGUGGCGUACCAGUGACAAGCUCAGACGCCGACGCCGACGGCUGGGAAACUGACGAUAGCUCCGUUGACUCUGACGGGGCGGAGCGGAAACCCUACCGGGCCUCUCAACCCAUCUACCAGACAGAUUAUGAGCUCCAUCUGCCCUCCGGCCGCAGUAUCGGUCAUAGGUCACUGGCUAAAUACUACCGUCAGAAUCUGCACAGCUACUCUACCCCCGAGGAGAGGGCUACUGCUCGCCAACUAGCAAUUGAGAACGGCACUGCGGACGAGAAUGAUGAGGAAGAAGAAGGACAGACUACAAUUAAGCGCAACGAACACAAGGCCCUUAUUUCUCGUGCAAAUGGUGGGCUGGGUCUGUCCGGUGCCUCGGCUCAGCAGAGAUCAGAAGCUCUUGCGAUCGAGAGGAGGGAGCGGACUCGUGCCCAGCGCGAGGAGCGCAAGUUCAAUGCAAAGGUUAAUAGACAGGCUAACAGCCAGAAACAUUUCAGGGAUCCUCUCCUUCAAUGA